CCCCCAGAAUGCUGUCUUGAGUAUAACCACCAAAAGUUGCGGUGAGAUGUUCUUAUGAGCACAAGCAAUCUCAUUACUAGCUUGCUUAGCUCUUUAAGCACAAAAACAUACAGGACUGGUUUCAAUAGGUCUAGGUUGUGUCAAGCAGGUCAUAAUGACAUACACACCUGCACUGAGGACAUCAGCUGUGCAUUGCAUUUGGGGCGCCCAGUUACAUAAUGGUUAAGGUACAUGGCUCAGGCAGUAAGAGCAGUCGUCUGGCAGUCGGAGGGUUGCCAGUUCGAUCCCCCGCCUGGGCUGUGUCGAAGUGUCCCUGAGCAAGACACCUAACCCCCAAAUGCUCCUGACAAGCUGGUUGGUGCCUUGCAUGGCAGCCAAUCGCCGUCGGUGUGUGAGUGCGUGUAUGAAUGGGUGAAUGAGAAGCAUCAAUUGUACAGUGCUUUGGAUAAAGGCGCUAUAUAAAUGCCAACCAUUUACCAUUUACAUGAUUGGGAUCGAUCCCUGGUCUAGGCACAAUAAGAUCAGUGCAGCCGUUGGGCCCUUGAGCAAGGCCCUUAACCCUGCAUUGCUCCAGGGGAGGAUUGUCUCCUGCUUAGUCUAAUCAACUGUAUGUUGUAGAAAUAUAAAUUGCAUUGUCCACGAGAAACUACUGCACGAUAUUUCUGCAUCACUUGUGUCGUGGAGAAUUGGGAGACAACAGGGAACGAGCCCAAGGUUGCGCUGUUCAUACAUGGUAACAAAAUCAGGGUCAGAUUAGAAAUGCAGCGGCUCUUGUGUAAUGGCCAAGCAUUCUUGUUUUUUUUUAUAUCAUGUGCCAGCAUAGUUACACUGAAACACAAAGCCAUCAGACCUGUUCAGGCUUUCAGAAACCUCUUCUCAUGUCACCCUAUUGAAGGCAAUAUAUCACACGAAUAAAUACCAUGUCACCCUUUUUGUUUUCACAGCUAUAUGUAAUGAUUGCACUUGCAUUUAAUUAUUUUAUUAAUCGUGGUGUUCUAGUUGCCAAAAUUCUGGUAUUGCUAAUUGGCCAGUUAUCAGAUUAUUCUACAACGGUUCAAGUUAUUCUCUAUGUGAUCACUCACACACAUGGAACCAUACUCUGCUCUUGGGUUUUAAGAGCACCUAUCCUGGCUAAGAGCCUCUGCUAAAUGACUAUAAUGUAAUGUUAUAUAUUUUAAGAUGAAAAGAAACUAUUUUCUCCUGGAAUCUUUUCAAGCAUUCAGAACAAAAACGCACUAUUAUUAUUAUUUUCUAGCUGAAUAUUAAAUUAGACUAGUAUUCAGUUCCAUGUGGUGCAUAGCCUGAUAAUUCUGAUUCAGCACUAGAAGGCAGCAAGCCAGUUCCACAGCAGACACGGGGCGUGGCUUUGUCUGUAUGAAAGCUUAGUGAAAGAGGUGUGACUGAGGUUUGAAAGAACACAGUUCUGUGGUAAAGAUACUGAAGUGAUUUAUUAUUGUUUUUGCAGUUAUGGCUUUAAGUGGGAAGGUAGCUCUUGUUACUGGUGCUGCUCAAGGUUUGGGGAAAGGCUUUUCUGGGAUUCUACUGAAAAAUGGAGCGAAGGUGGCACUGUUGGAUAUAGAUGAAACGGUUGGGAAAAGUGCCAAAGCGGAUUUUGAUAAAGAGUACGGAAAAGACUGCACCACGUUUUUGACAUGCGAUGUGACGUCAGAUGAACAGCUGAAAGAUGCAUUUCAGAAAACCAUUGAGAGGUUUGGCAGAAUCGACAUUGUGAGCAACAAUGCAGGGACAGUGAACGAGAUUUACUGGAAGAAAAUGAUAGAAAUAAAUCUGAAUGCAGUGAUUCGGGGCACCUUUCUGGCACUUCAGCACAUGAAAAAAGACACUGGAGGAGAAGGAGGGGUCAUAGUCAAUACAGCUUCCAUGGCAGGUCUGGGUCCCGUCAGGAACUCUCCCGUCUACACAGCCACCAAACAUGGAGUGGUUGGGUUUACCCGGGCUGUGGCGUUAGCCUCAGGGCUGAGUGGGUAUGGCGUGAGGGUCAACGCCCUCUGUCCCGGUUUGGUCAAAACUCCCCUCAUCGAUAAUCUGACCAAUGAAAUGUACGGGCGGUUUGCCCACCUCUCGCAUUUCACGGAUGAAUUGAAGGCUGGCAUUAUCGAAGUACCAGUGGUGGCUGAGAAGUUCCUGCAGCUGGUGACAGAUGAGAGCAACAAUGGGGCAGUGAUGAAGAUCACAGGAGAUGGCGCCACCUACAUGAAUUUUAAGGAUGUGCUCAAGAAUCCUCUGCCGUGAAAGUUCC